AGACCCUUCCGCGGCUGCAGCGAGAGCGGAGGUGUCAGAGCCUUUAGCGAGUGCUGCUCCAGAUUGCUUGGAUCUCACACCCAUUGCUCAAGAGGCUGAUCCACACCUGAGUGGAGCAGACAUCAUAAGAGCCCAACCAAACAUUUGACAUCCUGCACCAGAGAAGAAGAAAGCAAUGCCCAUGAAGCCUGCAGAGAGUGAAGAGAAUCCUUGCACUGCUGUUUAUCGCCGACCCUACAGGGACAGGGUGAUUCAUUUACUUGCUCUGAGGACGUACAAGAAGCCAGAGCUGCUUGCCCGCUUGCAGAGAGAUGGAGUCAUGCAAAAGGACAAGGGUACCCUUGGCAAGAUCCUCCAGCAGGUAGCCAACCUGAAUCUAAAGGAUAAUUCCUUCAGUCUGAAGGAACAUCUCUUUCAAACCCUUCAGACUGAUUGGCCUGGCUACACUGAAAUGGAUAGGGAGAAUUUGAAGUUAAUACUUGCUAGCAAAUCGGCUCCAUCUCAGAACCCCACCAGCACCAGCCAAGCGCCAUCCCCGGGACCUUCUGAGACAGACGCUCCAGCAAGACCUGCUCAGAAACGGCCUCUGGCUUCUGACUUUACCAGUCCUGUGAUGAGCAAGAAGAGGCGAAUUGGUCACCAGCAGUUCACCAGUCACAUCCAGCCAGCAGCUGAAGGUCUCUCUUCUUCCUGGGUGCUGCCUUCCACUGCCAGUCGUACUCAGAACAUGUCUCCAAGGGUUGGCUCCAUUUCCUCCUGCACCCCUGAGGUGCACCAGAGUUACAAGUUCCAGAGUUCUAGUGUCCCAGAGCCUGCCAGGGUGCAGAUGGAGAUGCCCAGUUCAAAGGGGAAGAAAAAUGAAUUGGGAAGGCUGAAGCAGUCACAUCCUUUGGAUUUCGAUGAAGGACAAAGAAAACAUACUUCCAUUGUCUCCACAUGCUCUGCAACAAACACCCAAGCAGACUACUUGAGAAAAUACGUCGCCAUAGUCUCCUUGGAGCAAUGCCAACACUACAAGGAUGACUUCAAUGCAGAGUAUGAAGAAUACAGGAAUUUACAUUUUCAGAUUGCCAAGAUCAACAAGAAUUUCAUACAGUUUCAUGAGCAAUGGAAGUGUCUCAUUCCAGGCUCUGAAGCCCAUCAGAUGUUGCUUCAUCGAAUCCUAACAGAGUAUCAGCAGUUACAACAGGGUAGCCCCAGCUACUCUGAAAUGAAGAGCAGGUGCCAGUACCUCCACAAAAAGCUGUCAUAUUCAGAGCAGAAUAUCUGAAUAUGACAAGCAAUGAGUGGAAUCCUGGCACCACAGAUCUGCUUCAGCCUUCAUUAUCAGUGACCUUUUUAUUUCAAGUUUCAGAUUAGGUGUUUAGGGUUAUAUAAGUUAGUAUUGAACAGCAGCUUAUGUUAGAACUGAGGAGUAGAUUCAUUGUUAAAAAUGUAGGAUUAGAUCAAAGAGGUUUAGGAUGUUUUAGAAGUAGGAAGAAGUUAGUAUUGAACUUUAACAAUAAAGGAAUUUCACUGUU